AUGAUGAAUAAAUACAUUGUGGAAGCAACUCCCAUGUGCACUAUCAUAAAAUAUGUCUAUUAUGUGGUGCUUAUGAUCUGUUUUAUGUCUGCGUUUGCAACUUUGUGUAUAUUUUGCUAUUUUGCAAAAUUUUCCCCACGUCUCAUGAGCAUGGAAAAACUCAAAGAACAAAUAGAAUUCUAUUUCAGCGACUCAAACUAUUCAAGAGAUAAGUUUAUGAUUGCAAAGGCAUCUGAAAAUGAUGGGUUUAUUCCUAUUUCUGUUCUUCUUACUUUUAAAAGACUUCAGGCCAUGAGCCCAUCAGUAGAUCAAAUUAAAGAAGCGGUUAGAGACUCAAAAAUCGUAGAAAUAAAGGACAACUUGCUCAGAAAAGUCCAAACCCAGGAAUUCAAGGACUAUUUGAAUGACAAGCAGAUUUCUAAACGGGUCUUAUACAUGAAAGGGUUCGGUCUUGACUCUACGCUUGAUAAAAUCAAAGAGAUUCUAGAAAGGUAUUGCAAACCAGUAAGAAUAACUAUGAGAAGAAGCGAAGAUAGAAGGUUUAAGGGCUCGUGUUUUGUUGAGUUUAGUUCAAAAGAAGAGGCAGAAGCUGCAAUUAAUUUGAAAAUUGAGGACAGGGUUGAAAGUCAAAAUGAGGAGCAGGUAAAAAAGCAAAAGGUUGAGCCUAGCCUCAUUGAGAUAAUGACUAAAGAAGACUAUCUUUCGACAAAGAAUAAAGGAAAGGAUGAAAAGAAGGAUGAAAUUUUUGGAGAGAAGGUCAAAAACAGUUUUAUUCCCAAGUUGUUCAGGUUUGAAUGCAGCAAAGACCUUGACGUUAAAGAAAUUAAGCAAGCGAUCAAAGAUUGCGCAUUUGUCGAUGCUCCAAAGAAGGUUAUAAGAAUGAAGUUUGCUGAAGAAUGGACUGAGAAAGAAUUUAAUAUUUCUGACGACGCGGACAAGAGCAAUUCCAAAAGAAACGAAGAGAACGGCAGUAAAAACAGUUCGAAAAAAGGAUUUAUUAAGCUUAUCAAAAUGACUGAAGAGGAAGCAAAAGAGUACUUGAAGGGUAUAACAAUAAAGAGAAUAGGAAAAAACAAUAAAUGA